AUGCCUAGUUGUGUUGAAGAUAAUAAAUUAGAAUAUCAAUCAGUUGUUGAUGUAAAUGACGAAUCAGAAAAAUCCGAGCUAAAUGUCAUUCCUAAUCCUUUUACACAGAAUAAUACAAAUAAUUUUAAAGAUCCAACCGAUUGGACAAAUAGUAAUAUAUGUCGUAACUAUAUUGCAAAAUUUGGGUAUAUGAUUAGAACAUUGAUGCAGAUUUUACCUCAUCAAAACGAACUUAUUCUGAUGAUGAUCGUUAUUGUAUCUACACCUGAUAUAGCAAACGUCGAUCAACUUGUUAUUGCAUUAAGAUAUGUGUUUCCUAGUGGUGUACCUUCAAAAAGAUUUUUAAUAUUCAUUCUAAACAGUGGUCAUAAAUCUGAAGAAAUGAGCAAUGUUGUAAUGGAUUUUCUUGAUUCACACAAUAUACCAAUUGAAAAUGUUCGUGGCCAGAGCUACGACAAUGUGAGGAAUAUGUCAGUAUUAGACCUAUAUAAUGGCCUUGAAAGUUACUUAGUACAGAUCAGAGAUGAUUUUGAUGUUUUCAAAAAUAAGGCUGUAGAAAUUACUGGUUGUUCCGAGUAUGCCAAAGAUUCUAAGAGAAAAAAAAAGAGAAAGGCUAUGGCUGAUGAAUUAAGAUCUCAACCUCUCACAGAAAUCACAGGAAAAAUAGAUUUUAAUAGAAAUGUAUAUUAUGUGAUCAUUGAUACUCUUAAAUGUCAACUUAGUUCGAGAAGACAAGCUUAUGAAAAAAUAUCAGAUAUUUAUGGGUGUAUACCCACAUUGUAUAAAACACCUAGUUCUGUUGCUACCAAAGAAUUACAGUUUAUGUUUCCAAAUUUAGAAAUAGUAACGUGUAUGUAUCUUAGUGCAGCAAUUUCAAUUGCUCAGUCGCACAUAUGUUCAGUAAAUUAUUCACUCAAUAGUAAACAUAUGUGGUCAGACACUGUUAUGUCCUUUGACCAUUAUAUAAUUUUAUUACACCACCGGCUCAAAAAGACACCCAUCAACCAUCAGGCUCUGGUGCACAACGUUACUCUCCCUGCGUACGCCUUUGGCAGUGGAUGUGAAAGGGGUUUUUCUAUCCUUAAAAGUGUAAAUUCCUAUUUGAGGUCAACCAUGAAGGAGGAAAGGCUGAAUGCAUUAGCAAUAUUUAGCAUUGAAACAGAAUUGGUUGAAAAAUUAGAUUUUAAUGAUAUUAUUAACACAUUUGCCCAUCAAAAAGCAAAUUAA